UGAGUCACAGAGUGACAGAAGAGUCAUAACAAUUUUUUUGUUGUUAACCAUUUGUUUUGUUUGUCGUCAUUCCACAAAAAUAGCCUUAAUAGUAACUCACACACACAGUAAUUAAUUUGAUUUUUCAUGUAAAAUCACCAAAAUACUCGCCAAAAUAUCAAGUUUUCUCCUGUUGAUUUAUUAAUAUUCAAGAUGUCCUUUUCGCCAGUUCCAGCACAAGUAAAACCAGUGGCCCACCUGAUGAAAUUAGCUGCAGAACAUGACAGUAGAAAUAUUGUUGUUGCAUAUUGGGCUCGUAUGGCAGCCUGUCAUCUAGCUCUAAAAAUAGUACCAGGCAAAAAGUCUCCAGAAGUCACCAAUUUAGUAAGCGAAAUCCUAAACUGGCUAGAGAAAACCAAAUCUGAAAACCGUGGGAAUGAUGGUAUCUGCAACGAAACUGCUGGACAAGCUAUCAUAGAGGAAUACGCUCUGAAUUUGUUUUCUCAUGCUGAAAAACAAGAUGCAGCUGAGAUAUUCAAUAAGAAUACUGUGAAAACCUUCUACACAGCAGGCAUGUUGUUCGAUGUCCUAGAACAAUUUGGCUUGUCCGAGGACCUACACGAAAAACAAAAAUAUGCCAAAUGGAAGGCUGCCUACAUUCACAAUUGCUUGAAAUUUGGCGAGAAGCCAGUGCCUGGUCCACCGACUACAGGAGACGAGGGGAUGAUUCACAUUAGUGAAUUGCCAGAAGAAGAACAGAUGAGGCUGCUGGAAGAAAAGGAGAAACGCCUUCAGGAGGAAAGAGAAAAAAACAGACAGCAAGAAGACGAUGAUUUGAAAAAGUUGAGCAAUUUUGGUAAUGUUACUCCUGGAACUGCUGGUUUUAAUGAUGCACCAAUAUUUCCUCCAGUUUCUCCUGCAAGUCCAAGUAUUCCAGUCCAACCAGGCACAGUUACACCAGUGGCACCAAAUCCUCAGCCAACGCCUUACAAUUUGCCACCACAGCCACAACCGACCGCUUACAGUUUGCCACCAAUGGCAAACUACAACACUCCGAGCGGAACUCAGAUUUCUUUAACUCCAGAACAAAUACAAAAAGCCCAGAAAUACAGUAAAUAUGCCACAAGUGCUUUAAACUACGAUGACGUGAAGACUGCAGUGGAAAAUUUACAAAAAGCAUUAAAUCUGUUGCAGUUUGGUAAGGAGUAGGUCCACCACUAUAUUGUUUUUUGGGCUAAAAAAUGCCUGCUAUGUUAUUUAGGUUAACUUAUGAUAUGUGUAUAUAGGAUUUAUUAUUUCGUUUUGAAAAAUACACUGAGCUUAUUAAUAAAAAUACCUAAUUAAAUAUUUGUGCUUUGAUUGAAGUUUCUGCCUUUUUAUAGUCACUGCUGAUAU